GGCCGCCCAGCCCCAGCAGCCGGGUCUCUUUGCCCAGAUGGCUGCCACCGCCGGUGGUGUCGCCGUCGGCUCUGCCAUUGGCCACACAGUCGUAAGUACUCCGCGCGAAUUAUUUUCAGAACGUGUUCCACGAUAUUCGAUUGAUGCAGCCCUUAUCUCUGUUCUGCUGAUGAUUUCCCCCCUGUGAUCUGUGUAGGGUGCCGCCGUCACUGGUAUGUUCAGCGGAGGUGGCAGCAGCGAGGCGGCUCAGCCUGCCCAGCAGCAGACUGCCCCGCAGGCUGCUAGCUAUGACCAGCAUGCUCAGUCGUUCCAGGGUGUGCGCUCGUGUGAUGCCGACGCCAAGGCGUUCACGCGCUGCCUUGAGAGCACCAACAACGACAUGUCGUCGUGCCAGUACUACCUCGAUAUGCUGAAGCAGUGCCAGUCGUUCGCCAGCUCGCAGAGCCUCUAGUUUCCUUCUUUUCCAGUUGCAAAUACAAUGCGGUGGCCAUCUUAGACUGGUCUUUUUCUAUACCAAAAAUGCUCUAUUUCUUGGCCAAAGCCGUGUACGGGCGCGGAUACACCGGGUCCAUAAAGUUCUUGACGUCGGCAUCGGUGAUGGCGGCCUCGCGCUCUUGGAACUUGCCAACAAACUCCUGGAUUACAGCAAUGCACCUUGCCUUCAUCUCGCC